AUCUGAUAAUUCCAGAAACUCCUGCCGAGUAGGGAAGAACCAGAAGAAGAGUCGCACCAGUUGAGGAGAGAGAAAGAGAGACACAAAAAUGGCGAUUGCAACAGGAUCAUCUUCAUUGUUGAAGGCGCUUCUCAAUCCUAAGCAGAACUUCUUGGCUGCUAUGCACAAGAGCUCCGUCGAUCAACGCCUCCGCAGAUAUGGUCUAAGAUUUGAUGAUUGUUACGAUCCAUUGGAAGAUCUGGACAUCAAGGAAGCCCUAAAUCGGCUUCCUCGUGAAAUCGUGGAUGCUCGCAACCAGCGUCUUAUGCGCGCUAUGGAUCUUUCUAUGAAGCACGAGUACCUAUCUGAAGAUCUCCAGGCUAUGCAAACACCCUUCAGAAGUUACAUUCAAGAUAUGUUGGCUCUUGUGAAGCGUGAGAGAGCAGAACGGGAAGCUUUGGGAGCUUUGCCUCUGUACCAGCGAUCAAUUCCUUAAGCAUGUCACUGUGUAUUGCAGCUGUGACUGACUUACCAACUGUAUUUCAUAUGUUUUAUUUUAUUUUUACAAAGAGCACUUAGUCUAGCAGUGAGAGACUGUGUGUUUCUUUCCUUGUGCACAUUUUAUCUUGCUUUACUCUAAACUUGCUCAUUCAUAAGCAUUAUUUUGGAAAAGUGAUGCUUCAAAUGCUAAAUAAUAUACAAAUCAAGUUUCAAAACUUGAAUCAGUCAUGUAUGUUGAGUUUUUUCAUUUUUGAAUCUUCA